AAGUUGUUGAAGUGUUUGAACGAAACGGUAAUAAAAUGCAAUCAUUUAUGGAUUGAAGACUCGUUUCCAACGAUAAUCCCUUUCAUUGUAUUUUUCAAACAAAAAGUCAUUUCAUUUAACGAUUUAAUUGUUUUGCAAAAAGCAUUUCAUUUUGAAUUCAUUUCGCAAACAAUUACUAAAUUGUAAUCAAAAAUGAGUGAAGAGUUUGGGACUAAUAGUGAGGACAUGUUUUUGGAUGAAAUGCUUGAUUUCGAGCAAAACUAUGAAAACAAUGGCAUCGAUGGCGCGGCCGCUGACGAGGCGAUGCCCUUUGGAUUCAAUAGCCUUUUAACGGAUCCGUUGAAAGUAACCCGAAGUAAACUAGACUUCAGUAACUGCUCGCAAACGCCCCGAAACUCAUUCGCCUCUAAUAACGACCGGAAGCGCAAAAACCCCCGAAGAUGUCUAUCGGAAAUGCUCGACAACUCUUCGCACUUCACGUCUCCGGAGGCCAACACAACCGCCUCUGUGUUUGGACACAAAGACAUGUCUAUCGACGAGCAGUUCUCUUCUCCUCCAUUCACUCUUUACACCCGAAUGAAAGAGCAGUCUUCGGCUGACAAUACCGAGAAUGACUCACUGGUGGCCAAUACGUCGAUGUCAUCGGUCUGUUCGCCGAUGUUCUCAACGUCUGAAUUGAAUCCCAUUAAGAGACCGAAUGCCUCGAAAAUUCGUAAAAGUAAUUCAUUGGUGUCUUCGACACAAAAGAGGACACCAUUGAUGAGAUGGCAUUCGGCUAAUGAGGCCAUUAUUAAGAGAGCCGUUCAGAUCUCAUGCUCCGAUCCCUCACUGAUCGGUGAUUUCAGUAAAUCCUAUGUUUUGCCUCUAAUUCAUGGCAAACAUCAAGACUUAAAGUCUAUAUCAGUUGAUGUAUUGUCACAAGUUUUGGACGGCUUUUACACUGAAGUGAUAGCCGAGUGCACUGUCGUUGACUGCAGAUAUCCGUACGAAUACAACGGCGGACACAUAAGAGGGGCCAAAAAUCUGUACACACAGGAGGCUAUUCUCAGUGAAUUCCUCUUAAACAAGACAUUAGGCACUCAACCGACUGAUGAAAAUGAGAUGAAACGGAAUAUUCUUGUAUUCCAUUGCGAAUUCUCAUCAGAACGCGGACCAACUUUAUCUCGCUUUUUACGUAAUAACGAUCGCUCGCGUAAUAAGGACUUAUACCCCCGUCUCCAUCACCCGGAGAUCUAUUUACUUGAGGGCGGAUACAAAGCAUUCUUCGAGAAACAUCCCAAUCUGUGCGAACCGUCGGAUUACCUGCCGAUGCACUCCAAAGAUCACGAGAACGAGUUGAGACGAUUUCGGGCGAUUGUGCGGAGUCUGAGCUGUGACGGCAAGACUAGUGUCAGCUCUGUGUUGAAGUCUUCGACUUUGACUCGAGAUUAUUGACGUUUAGACCUAAUUUUGGAAAACAAUUCUCAUAUUUUAACACUUAUU